AUGAUGAAAUUUGCCGCAGAUUCAACUGUUCCUUCAGAAUACUACGACGACAAUUUUAUCCCUGGUACCACCAAUAUUCUCACUGGUACCCAACACGAGACUAAUUCCAUAUCAUCUAAUAAAUCACUUAAACGGGAUGGCAAUGGAUUAGUCUUGCUACCACAGCCAUCAGAUUCCAUCAAUGAUCCAUUGAAUUGGUCCAAACCACGGAAAAUGUGGCAUUUAAUUCUAUUGGCUUUUAUCACGGCAUUAACUGCAGCCACUUCAAACGAUGCUGGUGCUGCUCAGGAUUCUUUGAAUGAAUUCUAUGGCAUAUCGUAUGAUGCCAUGAAUACUGGUGCUGGUGUAUUGUUUAUUUUCAUUGGUUGGUCAUGCAUGUUUUUCGCACCUGCUUCGUCGUUAUACGGAAGAAGAAUCACUUAUUUGAUUUGUUUACUAUUUGGUACGCUUGGGUGUAUGUGGUUUGGGUUCAGUAGGAAAACUGCUGAUACAAUAUGGUCACAGAUGCUUGUUGGUAUCAGCGAAGCUUGUGCUGAGGCUCAAGUGCAACAAAGCUUGAGUGAUAUUUUUUUCCAAAAUAACUUGGGAAGUGUAUUGACAUUGUACAUAUUGGCAACGUCAGUAGGUUCAUUCUUGGGACCAUUGAUUGCCGAAUUGAUUGCCGAGCUGAUGACGUUUAGAUGGGUUGGUUGGUGGGGUGCCAUUAUUUCAGGAGCUACUUUUGUCGUUUUGUUUUUUGCCUGUGAAGAAACGGUGUACGAUCGUCAGUUGAAGAUUUAUGAAGCUGCUCGUAUUGAAAAUGGUGAGCAGUGUGAAGGAUCAUCAGUAAAUGAAAAGUUUUGUGAUGCUGCUACUGAUGGUGAUAAGAACGCUGAAAUCAAGACUGUAACCAACGACAUGACUGAAAAGCAAACUUCCACAAAAGACAAAUCCAACACUUUGGCUCAUGUUGACUCCCCCACUGUUAGAGAUGGUACCCACAAUUACGAUAUCGAAACCAAUGAUGAAAAACCCACGCCAUAUUUGAAAAGAAUUGCAUUGAUUACACCAGCUCCUUAUUUACAAGGCUUUGGAUUCAAACAAUACAUCAAUCGAUUUGUUAUUUAUUUCAAAGUAUUCACUUUGCCAGCAGUUUGGUUAUCGGGAUUAUUAUGGGGAUUGCAGGAUGCAUACAUGACUUUUUUCCUAACUACUCAAGAUACAUUUUUUUACGAUCCUCCAUGGAGCAAAAGCAAUACGGGUGUCGCAAUCAUGAAUGUGGCAACUUUAAUUGGAGCCGUUAUUGGAUGUAUAAUGUCGGGUAUUUUUUCCGAUAAACAUGUGGUUUGGAUCGCCAAGAGAAACAAUGGAGUAAUGGAACCAGAAUAUCGAUUAUAUUUAUUAUUUAUUACCUUGAUUAUAUCACCAGCGGGGCUUAUCAUGUUUGGCGUCGGUGCCGAUAAACAAUGGCCGUGGCAAUGUAUUUACGUUGGGUUAGGGUUUAUUGGAUUUGGCUGGGGUUCAAUUGGAGACACCGCCAUGUCUUAUUUAAUGGAUGCCUACCCGGAAAUUGUUAUACAGGGAAUGGUGGGUGUUUCGAUUAUUAAUAAUACCUUGGCUUGUAUAUUCACCUUUGCUUGUUCUUAUUGGUUGGAUGGAUCGGGUACGGCAAACACGUAUAUUGCUUUAGCAGUGAUUGAUUUUGCCACCAUUGCUUGUAUCAUCCCAUUUUUAUACUUUGGAAAGACGUUUAGGAAAAAGACCAAGAAUAUUUAUAUUGGUAUGGUUGAAUUAACCCAAGGAAUGGGUUGA